AUGAGCCAACAACGGAACCUCAAAUCUGGCGGUGGUGACAAGGGUGAGUUCAGUGGGUGCUUGCCGUGGUGCCCAGGAAGCUGUGGGCAGCACAGCUUCUUAUCGGUCUCUGGUAAAGUGGCUUUGGCAGCCGGAGGGAACCGACGUGUGGCUUUCAAUGUGGCGGGCGGCGGCAGUGUUGGGACUGGAGGCUACGGUUUAGGGCGUGGCUCUGCACAUGGAGGGGGCCGGGCCAAUGGCUUUGCUGGCAGCAUCUUUGGCAGUGUGGCCCUGGGUCCUGUGUGCCCAUCAGUGUGCCCGCCCGGGGGCAUCCACUGAGUCACGGUCAACAAGAGCCACCUGGCCCCGCUCAGAGUGGAGCUGGACCCCGAGAUCCAGGAAGUUCGGAUGCAGGAGGGGGAGCAUAUGAAGGCUCUGAACAACAGGUGCACAUCUUUCAUCAACCAGGUGCGGCGCCUGGAGCAGCAGAACCAGGUGCUGGAGACCAAGUGGGAGCUGCAGCAGCAGCUGGACCUGAACAGCUUCAAGGACCACCUGGCGCCCGUCUUUGAGGGCCGAGUGGGCAACCUGUGGACGCAGCUGGAGACGCUGUCCGGGGACAGGGUGCGGCUGGACGCAGAGAUGAGGAACAUGAGAGACACGGUGGAGGACUAUAAGAGGUGGGUGGGUCCCUCCAAAAGAUACCAGCUGGAGAUGAACAUACCCGCUGCUGAGAAUGAGUUUGUGGCCCUAAAGAAGGAUGCAGACGCAGCCUAUGUGGUCAAGGUGGAGCUUCAGCCCCAAGCGGACGCUCUGAACAAGGACAUCAAAUUCCUCAAGUGUGGAGAGGACAUGCCCAGCCCCACCCAGUCCCAUCCCCAGCCCUGCCCUUCCCUCUCUUUUGACUGGGAUCCCUGGCAGCAGGAAGACCCUAAUGGGAGGGAAGGAGGGUAA